UUCAGUUUUAAAUGAUUGUAGUAUGUUCUUGACGAGUAUUUCCGGCAAGAAUGUGUUUGUCGUGAUUUUUCGUCGUUAAGAUGGUUUUGUACAUUUCUCGGACGUUUUUACUGCUGUCAAAUUGCACUAGAUUUUACCUCAGUAUGUUGAACAUUCGGACUAACAAUGAACGACGUUUUAACGUUAAAAGUAGUUCGUUUUGAGAAGGAAGCUCGUUUCUUUAGACAAGCACGACAGUUUAAAUUGUCGUAUAUUCUGCAUUAAUAUUUUUCUCUUGACUGCUGCAGCAAGAAAAUCUCUUUUGAACGAUGAGACUGUACCGGCAGUUUUUAUGCUGAGAGAUCCGGGGCGUCUCAAUUUCAGAAAGAGGGGUGAUUGGCAGAGCUCAAUCUGCGUACACAUCCGAUCGUUUUUGUUUUGUCUUUGUUUUUUUUUAACCACACAAAUAUUUUAAUCACAAGUAUUUUGCUUUUGAUUUCGCUUAUAACAAACCCAGUUUACAUUAUUCUGUAAAACAACAUUUAAUUUGUUUCUGCGCGACAACUCUCCCCUUCGAUCGGAGUGGAUUUGUCCGGUGAAAAGGAAACGUGAAGAUCAUAACUGAACAGUGUGGGAAUAAACGCCGGAACAGUUUCUCACUCAUAACGGCUAUUUAAAACGCAAAGACAACGACUGCAUAUUAAAGGUUUUGGUUGCUUGAAAUGUAACAGGGAGCUAUGCAGAAUUUCUGGACAGAAGGUUUUUAAAAAUGUGAGCACUGAGCCAUCUCACAGGAAGUGCUGAACUUAGCUCAGCCCAGGUGUGAUCUCUCUAAGCUCUUUGAUCUGCAUCUGUACUUGGUUCUGGACUCAUGUAAGACUGGGCAGUAGCAGAACCAUGUCAGAAACCCUCCAGCUGCCCGCGCUGCAGAUCCAGGGCCCGGUAGAUGGGGAGUGCAACGGAUGCGAGGUGGAUUCGGCCCUAUCAAGCUCUUCCAGCCCCUCUCUGCGGCGUAAACGCUUUAAAAUGCGCCGUAUGAAGAACGUCAUGAGCGAGAAGGAGCAACUGGAGAAGGAACAACUUCAGUGUUCCGGGAGUAAGGAGUACCUGAAGCUUCCGUCCAUUGAGAUCACGCCAUCCAGCGAUGAGGACGCAGCGUGGUCUAGUUGUUCCACCCCUAGCGCCUCGCCCCAACGCAGACGCUUCCUCCUGCGCAAGUGGCUGAGAGGAGGCGAGAAAAAAGAGCACGGCAGUGAGAGCAGCAGUCAGCAGAGCAGCCUGCAGAGCAGCCAUGAGGAAGAGUCCAUGCGCUACCUGAGCCCCAACACCCGUGAAGACAGCACUGCCAGUAAUUCGAACCGCAGCUCGCCGGCCUGCUCACCUGUCCUGCGUAAACGCUUGCGCUCCCCAACGCCCCAGAGUCCAGAGGGAGAGAACAUGGUGGAAAAGAGCUCUGAUCAUUCCUCUGAUAAAUCCCCCUCCACCCCGGAACAGGCCGUCCAGCGCACCUACAGCCAGUCGCUUCACACCACCCGCCCCGGAGGGAAGAACUCCAAGUCACACAAGAGACUGUCUAAAAAGAGUCAAAGCUGGUAUAACGUUUUGAGUCCCACAUACAAACAGCGAAAUGAAGACUUCAGGAAGCUCUUUAAGCAGCUGCCCGACACAGAGCGCCUCAUUGUGGACUACUCCUGUGCCCUGCAGAGAGAUAUCCUCCUGCAGGGUCGCCUCUACCUCUCCGAAAACUGGAUCUGUUUCUAUAGCAACAUAUUCCGCUGGGAAACGCUGCUGACUGUGAGGUUGAAAGAUGUUUGCUCCAUGACGAAAGAGAAGACGGCUAGACUCAUCCCUAAUGCAAUCCAGCUGUGCACAGACAGUGAAAAGCACUUUUUUACUUCAUUUGGGGCAAGAGAUCGGACAUACAUGAUGAUGUUCAGACUCUGGCAAAAUGCUCUUCUGGACAAGCCAUUGUGUCCCAAAGAGCUGUGGCACUUUGUCCAUCAGUGUUAUGGGAAUGAACUGGGUCUGACCAGUGAUGAUGAGGAUUAUGUACCUCCUGAUGAUGAUUUCAACACCAUGGGGUACUGUGAGGAGAUUCCUGCCGAAGACAACGAGGCCAAUGACAACUGCCCUAAAACCCCAGACGCCAAAAUGGACAUCAGCCCCCAGCUCCACAGGAAGGUUUUCCCCAACAGCAGUCUGAACUCCACGGACAGCACAGAUGCUCCGGUACAUGUGGAUGGUUUUGGUGUUUGUUUCCCAGAAGACCUCCUACCCCUGCCGUUACCUGACAUCAAGCUGUCAGAGAGUAGUGGCUCCGCACAUGUCCCCGUCCCCUCACCUUCCCUUGACUUCAAUGACAAUGAGGACCUCCCCACUGAACUCAGCGACUCCUCAGAAACACACGAUGAGGCAGGGGAAGUGCAGGCCUUCCAGGAAGAUCUGAAUGGGAAACUGUACAUUAAUGAAGUGUAUAUGUUCAGUGUGGAUAAAAUGUAUGACAUCCUCUUCACUGAAUCCCAGUUCAUGAGAGAGUUUCUGGAGCAGAGACGCUUCUCAGGUGUGGUCUAUAACUCUUGGAGGAAAGAGGACUCUGGUAAUCAGUCCAGAGAGAUCAUGUACACUGUCUCCCUCUCCAACCCACUGGCCCCAAAGACGGCCACAGUCACAGAGACGCAGGCUGUUUAUGUGAGCGAGUGCUACAUCAUCGACGCUGAGGUGAUUGCUCACGAUGUCCCGUAUCACGAUUACUUUUACACGCUCAACCGCUACAUGCUCACCAGAGUCGCCAAGAACAAGUGCCGCCUGAGGGUGUCAGCUGAACUACGCUACAGGAAGCAGCCAUGGGGAUUGGUCAAGGGCUUCAUUGAGCGAAACUUCUGGAGUGGCUUGGAUGAAUAUUUUAGAUAUUUAGGUAUGUUUUGGGAGAGCAGGGACUGAACACAACCACCCUACAAUGAUAAAAAAAUCCACCCACCCCGCACAGCUACAGUGAGGCGGAGGAAACGGCAGCUGAUGCACAUGAGGCAGCAGCACCUGGACGAGGCGCUCAGUCCCGUCACCACACCUGAGGAUGAGAAGAGUGUUAUCCAACGCAUCAAACACGUGGCAGGAUCCACACAGACCAGACACAUCCCAGACCACGGAUCUGAAGGCCUGGCUCUCUACAGCAUUUCCAAACUUCUGCUUAUAAUCAGCUCUGUGAUUUGUGUAAGUCUGGUGCUAUUGGUGUUUUUGAACAUGAUGCUGUUUUAUAAGCUAUGGAUGCUGGAAUACACGGCUCAGAGUUUGACCUCCUGGCAGGGUUUCAGGUCUCAUGAAAGUAAACUUCCACAGACACAGAUCGAAUGGGCUCAACUUUUGGAAUCUCAGCAGCGUUACCAUGAAAAUGAGCUGGAAAAAUGGAGGGAAAUAAUAAAGUCAUCUGUGCUGUUAUUAGAUGAGAUGAGAGAGUCUCUAAUGAAACUACAGAAAGGUAUGGGGUUGAGAGACUACGAUUCAGACAGUGAAGAAAGGAGAAGUCGCCAUCACUGAUGAACAGAGGCCCGGCUCAGCCAAUGUGAUGAACAUCUCCACAUGUAAGUGACCAGAUGAGCUGUGCCGGGGCAUGGUAAGGGACGGCUCUCACGGUCCGGCUGCAGCGCUGUGAGACCUUCCUCACAACAGACACUGAUGGAAACCCAGUACUGUAAUUUCUCUGUCUUCUCUGCGAUGAAAGAGCUGAAAAAAAUGAAGGAAUGCAGUCCUGUGAUCGUGGAAUCGGUCUGUUCACCCAGGGCUAAAACAAACGCACCAAAACAAUACAACUGUCACUUCAAAAACAGACACAGACUCUGGUUUAAACACUCAGAAAACUCGAGCGGAUGUUGGAACUCGGCAGCAUCCCUUUUUUUAAACCUUUUGGAUUCUGGGACCAGAUAGAGUAAAUAUGGGGUUGCUAUCAGGAAGUGUUAUGUGGACAUGUACACAUUUAUUUAUAAAAACAAAAUAUGGAAUUGAAUGAUAUUAUGAUGCACAUGAAGAUAUAUAAUUUUUAUGUAGAGCUAUAUUUGUUGCCAGAGUUUAUUUGUAACAGGCUUCAGUGGAGAAUCAAGGCUGGUUCCUUGAUAGCUUGCGCCAUGGAGCAUCAACUAUAUGCAACUGGUACAUCCUCCCCUGUUUGGAGGAAUGACUUCCUCCGAUUGGUUGAUUUGCAAUGACAAAAGAGCCACGGUCGGUCUCUAACAUUCCAUCUACUAAGCGUCAUCAGCUGCAUUCCAGUUUCCAUGCUACUGCACAAUAAAAGUACAUACUUGGAAAAGGUACAUACUUUCAUUUUAAUACUUUAGUUAAAUGUGCAGAGUAAACUAAAGGAAAAUACUGUGCACAUUUAAAUUCAAACCGAACAGGAAAACUCUUUUUUUUUUUAAAAAGAAAGAGUUGAAUCGAAAGAGUUGACUAUGAAGUCAAGCAACUGUGGUGUUUUCGGUUUCUAGCUCACAUUUAGAUUUUUACUUCUGCCGCUUAGGCUUCAAAAGUUGGAAAAGUUUUGUUAAUUGGUGAAGAUAUCAUGAUGAACAAACAGUGCAAGAAUCAUAAACCAUUGUUGGUCACAGAGUUUACUUUCUGUAAUAAAUCAAAGGCCAAUGGAAAAAUCCUUUUGGGUUUUUUGUCGAGGGAACCAGGGUGAUAUGCCAUCACUUCAGCACUCUAUAAUGAGGAAGAGUAUGGGAAUUGGGAUGCAGCCAUCAAAUCAACCAAACCUCUCAUGCAGUGGUUAACCCCAGCCAAUAGCAUCCAUUCAUUUGUGAAUGAGUUAUUGUUACAUGAAUGUGUUUCUGUUCUCCCUCAGGGUUCAUUUAUAUCCUGCGGGCAGCUGUAAACAACCUCAUAUUGCCAAGCUUUGAUUUUUAAAGCCAUUCCAUGAUUUAUUUUUUUUUUUCAUGUUGUAUGUUGUUUUUGUGUUUUGAUGCUGAACCGGCUGCUGGACGGGUGAAAGAUGCACACUGGUCAUGUGAUGUCAGAAAGUAUUUAACAUUGUUUUUGUUAGUGUUGUGGAGCUGGACCGACAUUUAUCUUGAUGUGUUCUUACAGAGAGACCAGCAGUGGGUGUGUUAAGACUGAACUGUGAAAAAUCCAGGUUAUGCUUGAAUUUACAAAGAGAAACUGUCUAGAAACGUUGGCAAUAUAAUAAAAAAUCAACCUUAUGAAAAUGGUCAAACUGACUAAAACCUCUUGAGGUGUCAUACGCAAAAACUUGUGUUUUCUCAUACAAAACUCUAUCAAACAUUGAUAUUGAGCCAUGGUGCUCAUGUAGGCAAUAUGGGUUCGAGUCAUAGGUAGUGGAUUUCCUGAUCCUGUUCCCCCUUUCCUCCUCAUCAAGAAUAUUUUAAUUCUUAAUCCUAAAAGGCCAAAAAAUCUAAUUAUAAAUGUAUUUACUGGAGUUGAUCUAUUUCUAAGCAGCAAUUCCACAAUCUAAAGUUCUGGUUUGAAUAUUUAGAUAUUAAGUGGUAAUGAAGAUUUUGCCAUGGAAUCAACUUGUUUUAAGUUUAUUAAUAAGUUCAGUUGUCUUUGGCAUUGUUUAAACCAAUAUAUGAACUAAUGUAAAGAAACAGAGCUGAUGGCUGUCUUAGUCAAGAACAUGUGAUAGAUGUGAAACUUCUUAGUCGGAUAUAAACCAUUCCAAUUUGUUCAGAGCAACUGGAUCUUAAAUGAUCAUUUUGUCCCAUGAGGUAUUGUGCAUGAUUUUUGGAGCCUCUGCUAUCCCAUGUUGGCUUUAGUGGCAGACCUCUUGUGCUGUAGCUACAAGGCCAAUUAGGAAAUGUAAAAAUAGCAUCUGCGGGCCGUACUGAUCCACUUGCACUGUUUAUGCUAAGGAGUCAGUUAGCUGACGGUUUUCAUGAUGGUUAUGUUUCCCUAAAAAUCUGUCCAGAACAGGGACUACAGUUCAUUCAUGUCUGUAUUCAUCCUCAUAGUCAUUAAACCAAAAGGCAGUAUUAAAUGUGCAAUGCGUGUUCAAGUAGAGUGUGUAAGUACCGCUGAAACUCCACAUGAACCGUCUGUGUGAAUGUAUUUUCUAGCCGAAAGACGAUCCUUUAUUUGGACAUAACCUGCUGGGUUUGGAAGCACGGGUGAUUUAGAAGGCACUUUUGAUGUCAAGCACUGAGAGGCCACAGCAAUGGAGCCACAUUGCUCACUGUCAGGCCCUAAAAGUAUUAUUUUUCAAGUUCUGCUAACAGUAUUAUUUUUUACAGUAGCUUAUGUGCACAGACAGGAUGGUUGCUUUUCUAUGGCCAUGACUGUUAUGGUCCAGAUGGUUUGGAAAUUCAUGUUUUUUUUUUUUUUUUUUUUUGUUUUUUUUCAGGAGCAAAACACUGAGAUGAAAAUAAACUGGGUUAUUCUUUGUGUAUUUUUUUUCCUGAAACAUUAAAGGAAAGAAAAAUGAAUAUGUAUUGUAAUUACAACAUUGAAGCUUUUUUUAAUUAUUUAAAGUUUUCUUUACAAACUGUAUAUACACACAGGUAUACUGCAAUGUAUGUAUAUGUUGUGUACAGUCGGUGCACAUCCUACAUGCGCUGGCCGCACUGUGGGAUGCCUGAAAA